AUGGCCAUCUCCGCCUCUCAUCUCUUCCUCUUCCUCUCCAUUGUCUCCAUUUUCGCCCCUUCGGCUCUCGCCACUAAUUACACUGUCGGAGACGACGCUGGCUGGAACACCAAUGUCAAUUACACCGCAUGGGCUCAGGGCAAGACAUUCUACGUCGGAGAUUUUCUUAUUUUCAAGUACCCAGCAGGAGAUCACAAUGUGUACAAGGUCAACGCCUCUGACUUCCAGAAUUGCACAGUCCCAGCUGACCAGACUCCAUUCAGCACUGGAAACGACCCCAUUUUUCUGGCCAAGUCUGGAAAGAAAUGGUACAUUUGUGGAAAAGAUGGUCACUGUGGGCAAAGUCAGAAGCUUGUGAUUACAGUGAUGGAUAUGGCUCCAGCCAAUUCGCCAGCACCGCCGCCACCAUCGGCAGCAACCAAAGCGGUUCUCUCCGGCCAAAUUGGGUUCGUCGUGGUGGUGCUUGCCAUUCUUGGGAUGAUGAUGGCUUAG